UGCUCUAUCCCCUGCAGCAAGGAGUCAUGCCAGCUGGACACACUCUCCUUCCAGGGCCCCUGGCGGCCAGGUUGGAGUUGAGACCACAGCUGUUGAGAUCCUGAGCCCCAGUUUUACGGCUCUGUCUCAACCAUAUCACUAAAAGAGGGCCUCCCCCAGCCAUGAUCUCUCCAUUACUCCUGGCCUUCCUAUUCCUGGCUCCGGCUACAGUGGCCAUUCCCAGAGCUUCUGAUAGCCAGUGUCCGGCAUGUAGAGGACCCGCCGUGGACUUGGAUCACCAGCGGGAGCUGCUUCUUGACCUGGCCAAGAGACGCAUCUUGGACAAACUGCACCUCAGCCAGCGCCCGACACUGAACCGGCCUGUGUCCAGAGCUGCUCUGGGGACUGCGCUGCAGCGCCUCCGUGGGCCCCCACAGGGGACGCUUCCGGAGGCUGAUGGGGAACAGGAGUAUGAGAUCAUCAGCUUUGCUGACACAGGCCUCUCCAACAUCAACCAGACUCGUCUUGAUUUCCACUUCUCCUCUGACAGAACUGCUAGUGGCAUGGAGAUCCAGCAGGCCAGCCUCAUGUUCUUUGUACAGAUCCCUCCCAAUACCACUUGGACUCUGAAGCUGAGGAUCCUUGUGGUAGGCUUACGUGACACCAACCUCACCUUGGCCACUCAGCACCAGCUGGAGGUGGAUGCCAGUGGCUGGCAGCGGCUCUCCCUGGGGCCUGAAGCUCGGGCUGCCUGCAGCCAAGGCCACUUGACCCUGGAGCUGGUGCCUGAAAGCCAAGGAGCCCAGAGCUCCUUCAUACUGGGUGAAGCUGCCGAUAGGCCUUUUGUGACAGCCAAGGUCAAAGUUGGGGGCAAGCACCGGCUUCACCGGCGAGGCAUCAACUGCCAGGGUGGGUCCAGGAUGUGUUGUCGGCAAGAGUUCUUUGUGGACUUCCGUGAGAUUGGCUGGCACGACUGGAUCAUCCAGCCUGAGGGCUAUGCAAUGAACUUCUGCACAGGGCAAUGCCCACUGCAUGUGGCAGGCAUGCCCGGCAUUGCUGCCUCCUUCCACACUGCAGUGCUCAACCUCCUCAAGGCCAACACGGCGUCAGGAACUGCAGGAGGGGGCUCAUGCUGUGUGCCCACGGCCCGGCGCCCCCUCUCUCUGCUCUACUAUGACAGGGACAGCAACAUUGUCAAGACUGACAUACCUGACAUGGUGGUCGAGGCCUGUGGCUGUAGUUAGUCCGCGUGUAGAUGGGCAGCCCAAGGUGGGAGUAAGCAAACAUACCCUCACAGAGGUACCCUUCAUGGAGAGGAGGGAAUGACCCCAUUACUGCCUCUGUCCAGAAGGAGGACUCCCUCUUCCUGGGCAAACUGUGGAAAUUAUCCCAUCUGUGGUUUGAGGAGAUCUUCAUCUAAGGAGAGUCACUGUACCAUCUUCGUGACCACCAGUUUCUCUCCUAGGGCACAGUCUAUCCAGCAAGCCUCCCAGGCUCAAGUGCCCCCCCAGGGAUUCUGAUCCCACCUGCAACCAUGAGCAGUGCCAUCUCGUUCCCAGGCAAAGCCAUCCAUAGCCCAUCCUUAAUCCAUCCCAUAAUCCGAGGUACUUCCCUGCUCUUCCCACUUGAUGGCCGUCACUCCAGGAUGAGUUGACCCAGCCCCUUCCCCUGAUUUUCAGGAUUACCAGAGAGCCCCUUCCUUAGAUUCACUGAAGAUUAGAUCCCUGCUGUCCAAAGUUACUCUUCCCUGUAUCUGGAGCCCCUUAUUGGCCCUGGUGGGUUGCUAAGGCUCUCUUGGCACACCCUCAUCCAUUCUUUGUCCUUCUCUGCCCCGCUCUAUGCCCUUAAGGGCUGACUCACCUCAGCUCCUUUGGUCCCCGGCUUCCUGCUGAAUUUGGCUAAGGGCUGACACAAGCAGGAGAUCAAAGGAUAGGGGGAGAUAGAGGUCAGGAUAUUUCUUAUUCCUGUUCCCUCUGCCUAGGUGCCAUGUAUCUGUGUGACUGUGGUUGUGAUCUGUCCCUACAGCUCCUAUCGGGCUCCCCCGGCCCCAGUUCUACCUAGAUUCUGAUAUCACUGCUUCCGCACUAGGGGCUUAUAAGGGCUUUCCUCUCUUGCUAGUCUCUGGGAGCUUCAACAUUCAUCCUUCAUUCUCUAAACCCUGCCUAUACUUCCAUAAAUAAGGUCUUCAUUAAGUCUCUUAGUGAUGCAAACACAGACAACUGAAUGGUUCUUUUGUCUCUUGCCAGGACCCUGGCUGAAACCGAGGAUGACCCAGUGUCUACCCACCUGGCCCACUUCUGCUCUCUCUCACCCAGGCUCCUCAGGGCCAGGCUAUUAUGUCUAUCCCACACUUCAUGCCUCUUCCUUUCCUAGCUUCCUCCUCUUCUUUCUUAGGCCUCCUCCUCCGCCCCAGAACCAUCUUUGCUGGUCUCAGAACUAAUAAAGACUUAGGUUUUAUCUGCUCUUCUUCUCCCUCCAUACUCACUCUAAGAGAUGAGACAGAUCAUUGCUCAGUCAGCAAGUAGGUUGACAUCCUAGGAGCACACAUGUUGGGGGAGGCAGAGGCAGGGCUCAGAGUUGGCUGGUGGCUUUCCCUCACUGACCCCCAGGGCUCCAUCCAGGAGACCUGGCCGGAAGCUGGAACUGGCCAAGAGCCACUUGCAUGGGACAGGGUGAAGAAAAAGAAGGCAUGGAAUGCGGAGGGGAGGAAUUUGCUCUGAGACUAGGUCCCCUCUAGACCUUUGCCCUUCUUUCCCCAUCAUCUCCUCCCUUUGGUUAGACAGCCCUGAACCAUGGGGUCGAUAUUGUCUGCAGCCCAAGGCCGAGUUUGCGCAAAACCCACGUGUCCUUUGGGUAACGUGAUGUCUGUGUUUACUCAGUGUAUAACUCCCUCCUCCCAGGGUCUGAGGUCCCUGGAAGAGGAACCGUAGAGGAGAAAGUCUGAAGGUGAUCUUCUUAGGCAACCUGCAUAUCUGAGACGUGGGACUUCCUGAACAACCCACAGAAGUCAUGCCAUCUUUGCCUGGAGGAGAUCUUCAUCUAAGGAGAACAUCUAAGGAAGUCUUCUGUGCCCCUUCCUCACCCUCCCACGGUGUCUCCUCUCCCUACAAGCCACCCCUUCCCUAGAUCUGACUUCUCUCCCUCCAACUCCAGCUUCAGUCCCUGGGGCCAAGAUUAAGGUGAGGUGAAGUAAGGCAGUCACUUUGGGGGACAAAUUGUAAGGGGAUGCCAAGAAAUUCAUCAACUGAGAUAAAUGAUAUCUCAGUGUUAUGUUUUUAAAGCAGCAAAAUGAAUGCCAAAAAAAUCCAUCAUGAGCAAAACAACAAAUUUUAAAAUAAACACAGAAUCAGUAUUAACUCCAUUUCUUUUUGGCUCUGCCUGUUGUAAAAGGGAAAGAGUGGGUCUGUCUUCUUCCAAACCUUGCUUCCAAAGCCUCUUGGCCCCUAACUCUAGACUGUGUCAGGCUUUUCUCAUGUGGGCAAGAUAACCACUCGGCUUCUUCUCCCUUCUUACCCGCCCCCCGAGCCUGUCCCUCCCCCCCAGCACCCAACCAGGUUGGUAGGGCGGGCCUGUGAGGCAGAUGGCUGGGGUAUUUAUAACCUGGGAGAACUUCUUGGGGAAAGUGACUAAGAUGCUAAGAGCAUAUUUAUAGCUGGGUUCUGACGUAAGUGUCAGUGGGGAGGUAGGGCCAGGCCAGGCACAGCAACAAGAGGGUAGGAAGAGCCGAAAAUUGGGGGCACCUGAUAGAGAGUAGGGGAGAAGAGGAGUCAGUGACUCCUGCAAGCACUUGAUGCUGCUUCCCUUGACUCUGUCUCCUGGCCCCAACAGAUAAGCCCUCUGAGACACCACUAUGGGCAGAAACUUCUUUGCAGUUUGAUGUUCCAGACCCCAGGGGUAGAGGACUCCUUCUCACCAGCCUCAACCAACAGAGAGGUUGCUCAGAAUGGGGAAGGAGAGGACUGGACAGAGAACUUGAAUAUGUUUCUGCCUGGGGAAAAAUGUAGGAAGGACAGGAGGGUCUAAAAGUCUCCUUGUCCCUUCUCUACCGCGGCGUCC